AUGGUAGAACCUCUUUUAUCGGGUAUAGUUUUAGGUUUGAUACCAGUUACAUUAGCUGGUUUAUUAGUUGCCGCUUAUUUGCAAUAUCGUAGAGGCAAUCAGUUUGGAUUAUAA